AUCCUUGACGGACUCUUUGUAUUCUGACCCCGGAGGUCUUCUAUUGCCAACUACUCCUCCCGAGGGCAGGUAUCCCAAAGGGGAGCUUUAAUCGAAAAUGUCUUCAAGAAUGUCUGAACGAUGCCCGGUAUCUAACUCAGCAGGAGGAGUCUGUCCGGUGGGCUCGGUUGCUGGGAGCAAGAGAGGCAGUCGCAUGGGACCUCGUGGAUGUACUUUCUCCGGUUUCGCGCAGCCUGGGGACGUUCAUACCGCUUUUGGAAUCCCACCAAACGUCAACGUAGAGGAUUUUCUCCGCCAAAGAGAACGCAGGGCUAUCAAUGAACUGCUCUAUUCUAGUGUGCCUUCCAUGGCUGAGAUUGCAGAGAUCCAGAAUGCCAAGGGCGUGAAGAGCCUUGACAAGCUCAACGUGGAGGAGCGAGACUUGCUUGCUGUCGCACUCGGGGCGCCUGCACGCCAGGUCAUCCUGCGAGCAGAGGAGAUCGGACCGGUCACCGGCUGGCGUGAUGGCUACCUCAGCACAGAGUAUGGGUUUCAGCCUCCUGAUACUAGCGAAGCUCCAGGUGCGCUACGAAAUUCUCCUGGUAGAGUCUGGAUGGACCUUUGCGAAAGAAUGCCCGGCUGCGUCGCAAGAGGUCGCGUUCGAGAGGCUGUCGCAGCGCUUCCCAUCGUGGAGGGCACUGCUGAUGCCAUUCCUGAUAAGGCGCUGUGGGCAGCGCUCGUCGCGUUGGGCAUGCUGUGCUCCAUCUACAGGUACGAAGAGAGACAUGAUGGCAACGAAGGGAUCAACGUCUCGGCAAAGCCUCUUAGGCUCGCAGGGGUCGAGAUGAGCGACGAUCUCGGCGAUGAAGUCAAAGGCAUCCCUCGCAGCAUCGGGCUUCCCUAUGUCCAGAUCUGCAUCCGGAUGGGCCGGUCAAUUCCCCAUCUCACGUUCUUUGAUCAGUCCUCUUUCAACGUGGACUAUAUCGACCCUCUUUCUAGAUAUCCAUACGUCGGGCGCUUCGACAAUACACGCCUGCGUUGGGGAAUGUUUGGCGAUAGCGCUGAGAACGCCUUCUUGAAAGGAUGCGCCGACACCUCGGCCAGCUUCCAACAUGGCCCAGAUGCCAUCGCGGCUUGCCAGGAGCAUGUCAUGAACAGGAACAACGAGGGUCUGCUUCGAGAACUCAUUCGCUUGAAAGAGAUCCUCGAACGCAUGCCUACCGCUUUCAACACUAUUUCUCCCAACAAUCGCUCUGGGGAGAACUACGUCUCUCCAGCUGAGUGGGUUCGCUGGGCAAAGUUCUCGGCGCCGUUGUCCAAGCGUUGUCCGGCAACGUCUGGUCUUCAAUUUCCUCCAUACCUUGUCAUGGACGCCUUCCUCGGUCGCAAGAAGUACGACUGCUUCCUCGGGGCCGAAGGAGUACAUCUUCGGGCGUGGCUUCCGUCUAACCUCCGAGCAUUCAUCGCUGCCAUCGAGUACCAUUACCAAAUUCCGGAAUACGUUAAGGCUUCUGGUGAUCCGAGGCUAAUCGGCGUUCUGGAUGGAGUAGUGGAAGCUUAUACGGGCGAGCGCGGCUUCAUGGGCGUUCAUCGAUACAAGGUCUUUGGGCUCCUGGAAUGUGCGGGCAAGACUGGAAGAACCGAGACGAAUGGUGCAUCCGGAGCGGCCGAUGCUAUGCGGCCUUGGGAGCAGACGCACAAGGAGUUCUCGGAAUCUAUGAAGGAGCGAUUGGAACCAUUCCGUGGCAACUUCGAAACCCAACCCCACGAAAUGCGCGGCACAUUCGAGGAGAUGAGAUAUCGUGGACGCGUAUUGAGCAGGAACUUUGUUGAUUCGGAUCCGAAGCGCUCUAUCGCGAUGAUCACGCUCGAUAUUCAAGAGUCAGGUAUCACUUUUCAGCCUGGGGAUCGACUCGCUGUAAUGCCGAUGAACAGCUGGACAGAGUGCGCCAAGGUAGCUGCAGCGCUGGGCCUUGAUUCUAUGCUUGAGGAACCGGUAAUGCUCGAUCGCACCUGGUCGCGGUAUGCUGAGCACCUCGGCUCGGUGUCACGCACCCAAAGACCCCAGCUGACCGUCAUCGAUAUCCUUCGCAAAGGCCAUCUAGCGCCAAUCACAAAGGUGCUCGCGACAAAGCUGCACACUAUGCUCCGGGCUUCAUCAAACGCGGUCCUCCAGGUGCUUGCCACUACCGAGUGGCCUGUUCGGGCUUCUCUGGGGGAUCUGCUCCAGUCAGCCGUCAAGGACACCUCGGCCCGGGUUUGGGAUCAAGCCUUCGACUUGUCCGGCAAUCUUUCAUGGCUUGCAGACCUUAUCCCGGUUGAAGUUCCAAGGACGUACAGCAUCUCCACCUGCUCCGACGAACUUCUGCCGAGCACAGUCGAUCUUACCAUCUCGCGAUCCGAAUACGAUCUUUGUUCUACCUUCGCUGGCAACAUGAAAGUCACGCGCAAUGGAGUCAGCAGUGGCUUUCUCAAUCCGCCUGUAGGCGAAGAAAUGGACGUCGUCGACGACGAGGAACUUCUCAUCGGCGUAUCGCGGCCCUUCGCGUUCCAGCUCCCUUUUGAUGAUACCUCCCCUGUUGUAAUGUUUGCCGGCGGGAGCGGCAUUGCCCCUUUCCGGAGCUUUUGGCAAUCCCGUUGCGGUCGCGCCUGGGGAAAGACCAUCCUCUACCUGGGAGUCCAGUCGCGUGAGAAGUUCUGCUAUGAAGCCGAGCUCCGUCAAUACGUCAACGAAGGCUUGAUGGAGGUCCACACAGCCUUUUCCCGCGACUCGCGAGGCCUUGUGUAUGACCCAGUGUCAAGAGACUUGAUCGAGCGAGAGAUACCGCCGCGAUAUAUUGACGGUCUCAUCGUGGAACAAGGACAGACCAUCUGCGACCUGGUUAUGUCAAAGAAGCAAGGUGGCAUUGGCGGUUAUUUAUACGUCUGUGGAUCUGUAGGUGUCUUCGACUCCGUCAUGGCCGGCAUCCGCAAGGCCCUCUACAAUCACCGAUCUCCGACGAUGGAGACUGCCGAGACAAUCCUCAACACCGCCUUUGCCGAGAAACGCUUCAUGCUCGACGUGUUCAUGACACCCAAGCCACUCCCAUGCAACCAGCCCACCAUUCCUCUAUCGCAUCUUGCGAUGCAUACCGGCCACACACCUAAUUCUCGCGUGUGGAUCGGUGUGCAUGGGAAGGUCUACGACGUGACCGACUUCUGCCCUAUGCACCCAGGAGGCACGAACAUCAUCAAGUCUAAUGGCGGUGUUGACUGUUCCAAGUCAUUCGACCUCCUGGCUCAUACCAAUAAUCCAGAGGUGUCGUCACUGCUGACGAAGUACUACAUCGGCGAGAUGACGCCCAAGCCUUCCUACCAUUCGGAAGAAGUCGGCAUGCUCUACGAGCUCUGGAAGAGCUACCUUCGCGUCGCAACCGAACAAGUGGUUGCGUCACAUUUUGAAGUCGGAAUGAUUAUGGAGUCCUCCAUAGUAUGGUUCCAAGGUGACUUGUUCAACAUGGGCGGUGUCCGCAGGUUCUACCACUAUCAGUCGCGCCUGCUCCAGGGUGGCUUCUCCGCGCUGUUCGGUGCCAAACUUCAAGAGCUGUUCCUCAAGCUCUCUUUCACCCUCGCGAAUGCCUCUUCCUCUACCGGUCCAACCAAGCUUCCGGACGUCCUCGGGAUCAUCGCUCGCGCCAAGGGCUCGACUGAUGCUGUUACCGCAUCCAAUGAAAUUUCCCAGAUCGGGCAGUUUACCUGCAACAGCGAAUCAGCCAGGCACCAUGAGAAGGGCAUCAUCGCAUAUGCUCAGCGCUCGGUCCAAUAUGACAUGGAGUUUCUUGAAGCUAUUCGCGAAGAAGCAUGCGCUGGCAUGGAUGCCUUCGACACUAUCAUGGAUCUUGAUGCACAAUCGGAAACCCAACGCACUGCCGCCCUCUCUACUUUCCUGAUGCAGGUUCUUGAACGAAUGGCGAAUCGUCUCGAGGGCUUCUACACUAAGCUCGCCCGCUACUCAGUAUUCCAGCCGGAAAUGGAGCGCAACCCAGCUCGAGCGCGCUGGAACAUCCUCAAACGCAAAAUCUGGGAUGGCUCUUUCUUCGUCCUGACCCGCGAUUCUUCCAUGAGCGUCGCGCAUAUGCAUCAACCUCACCGCGCUCCGGAAGGCGUCGACUUCGAUCAUGUCAUCAAUCAGAUCCAGCGUCAGCUUGACAACGCCUCGAUUUCCUCGCCCCGGCAGAUGGGUCUAAACGAGCAGCAUGCUGUCAGGGCAAUGAACACUCCGAGUGGCGCACCGGCCUACGAGCAACACUAUCAGACUAACGCACUCAAAGCGAUGUCGACUUUCAUCGACAACAACAAGCGCGCAAUUCGCCGCCUGAGUAAGCUGCCGCAAGCAAUCAACCUCGAGCAACUAAUGCAGACCUAUGGCUCGAUGCCUCAACUCAGCAACGGCCUUCCUACUCCGCCCUCCAGUCAAUCACCCAGCCGAUCCCCGUCUACCUCAAAAGCAGCGAGGAAUCCCCUCGCCAGACGCAAUACCGUCAACGACGGGCAUCACCAUCCCGGAAUGAUGCACCAACGCCGGAAUACCGCCACUUCCGACACGUCGAUGCCCAAUACGCCGGCGCAUGUAUCACCCGCUGCCGCCAUGUCAGCUCUCAUGACAGGAAUGAACACGCGUGCGAAGCAAAGCGGCACUGGGCUUCCAUCACCACCACAAAGCGCGACCGGGGCGACCCCGAUGAUGGAUCGCAUGCGCUCCAUGCAAUUGUCCACAUCGCAGAAGGCUAUGAACCCUAACACGUCUGCACCCACCGAUGUUAUGCAUACGCGAUCGAUAAGUACCACUAGCAACCUCCGAGCGUUCAGGCUGCAGGCUAGUGCUCUAGCAGGUGGGAUGAGCAAGAGAGGCGAUGCAUCCCAUUGAGGCGGAUGCAAAUGGUCCUCGGACAUGCAUCUCGGUUUCUAAAGAAAGAAAAAAAAUUGAUACCAUGGGUUUUGAAUUUCUUGUAUUUAAUACUGGUUUAUACCGACACUUCCAUCAACCACGAUCCGCUUGAUGCGGCGUGGAAUAGAAUUCAUUCGCUUCAUCCCAUAAUCAUCUUGUUAUACAUGCUUUGCCGCCUGCUUUCUGAGGCGCAACUUCUCGACCUGCAAGAUCGACGUAGCCGAAGCUAACUGCCUGUUGCAACCUUCGACUCAAUAACUCAUACUCAUUCCAGGUCCCUUAGGG